GCAGCGGCGGCGGGGACCCGCGGCAAGAAACAGGUACCCAAGGAUGUGGCCAACAUUUAUAAUACCCCCAGUGACAGUGAAGAUUUUCCAGGAUUCCAAGAUGAUGCUUCCAAACAGAGCUUCUUGUCAGAGGACAACUGUGCUAGUUCUGAAUCUGUGGAGUCUGGAAAAGAGGGGCUCCGGUUUCAGUCCAGAUACCUCACUGAAGAGCUGCGGAGGAUUUUCACUGAGGACACUGACUCUGAAACGGAAGUGUUUGAGGGCUUCGCUUCAAACGAGGUGCAGGUGAACAAGAAAGAAGUUCUGAUGGUGGAGUCAGACUUGAGUGAUGAAGAACAUGAUAAUUUGUUGAGUAAUGAGAAAGAAGAGGAGGAAGAGAUGAAGAAGAAGGUUUCCCCCAAGAGAAGAAGCUUUGGCCUUCGUGUUGCUUUACAGUUUCCCACUAGGAAGUCAUCUGAGAAAAAAGUGCCUGAACAGGCUUUGUCUGAUUUACCUGUAAAGGACAGUGAAUCCCUCACACCUCUCAAGCGGUCAGACAAAGUAGAGGGCUCUGCUUCAGAGUCUGAAGAAGACAUUAAAGAAACACAGGAGGAAAGUUCCAAUGCACUGCUUAAGAGAGCCAUAAAUAUUAAAGAAAAUAAAGCCAUGCUUGCCCAGCUGCUGGCAGAACUGAAUUCCAUACCGGACCUGUUCCCAGUGAAAAUGCCCUCCUCGACUCCUUCAAAGCAGAAGAAGACCCCAAGGAGGACAUUCUCUGAAGGCCAGAUAACGCGCCGAAUGAACCCAACCAGAACUGCUCGUCCACCAGAAAAUUUUGCCUUGGAAAAAUUUACUGUGUCAGCUGUCAGACUUGCAGAACACAUCUGUAGCUACAGACAACAAAACCUCCUGAAGAGACUCAGUGUGCAGGGGGAUUGUGGAGUACGCAAAAGAAGGAGAACAUCGAAGUACUCGUCUCAUCGCCCGGUAGAAGACAUAACUGAGGAGGACUUGGACAACAUUGCAAUCACUGUUAGAGACAAAAUCUAUGACAAAGUUCUCGGUAGUACUUGCCACCAGUGUCGACAGAAGACAACCGAUACAAAGACAAUCUGUCGCAAGCAGGGCUGUGGAGGAGUCAGGGGGCAGUUCUGUGGACCCUGUCUUCGAAAUCGAUACGGUGAAGAUGUGAAGUCAGCUCUGCUUGAUCCAGCCUGGAUCUGUCCUCCGUGUCGCGGGGUGUGCAACUGCAGCUACUGCCGCCGGCGGGACGGGCGCUGUGCCACCGGCAUGCUCAUCCACCUGGCCAGGUUCUACGGCUACAACAAUGUCAAGGAGUACCUGGAAAGUUUACAAAAACAACUGGCGGAUGACAAUUGAGAGCACUGGACUCAAGCCAUGCCUGAAACUGGUUAAUAUGUUAACAGUUUGACUUCAGAAGUUUACUACUAUGUUUUACAUAAAAUAGAAUUGUAGUAUAUAGCAUAUUCAUUUCUGUAUUGGAAACUUUCUGAUUGAUAUGGUCUUAUGCAAAAGAUCUCUCAGGAAAAUGUUUUGGUAGAGAAAUCUACAUGCACAGACCUGUAUGUUAAGUGAAAUGGCACUCUUGAACCUUGAGUGGUUAAUUUUUAACAGAGCUACACAACCACAUGACGGACAGCUUGAUCAAAAUGAGCAAUAUUUUUAUUUAUAUAAUUGUGCAAGUUUGCAGAAAGGGUGUUUUAACAACUACCUUCAAAGCAUCCCAUCUUCAAAGAAACAAAACACCCUUGUCUACCAGCUUGACCAUAAAGAUCCAUUUUUCCAGCUCUGCCUUCUGAACCUGUUUCACCACCUGUAGUUUAUAGAACUUGUCCUUGCAAGUAAGGAGAAGGUACUUUCAUCUGAAUGCCAUUAUAUUCCAGCCAAAGGUGAUGCAAUCGACCAGUGCAAGGAUGAUUUGUGAAAAUUUUAUUCCAAAGUGCAAUUAUUCACCAAAACAUGAAAGUAGAAGAGUGUUUAAAAAGAAUUUUAAAAUAUCCCAGUAAAAAAAUCCAGCAAAACUUUUCACCAGCAGUUUUUGUGUAAUGCACCUGCUGUCUGAAGCAUCUACCCACCUGUUGUAACUGGUCUAUACCAGAGUUCAGGAUUAAGUUUUUUUACUUACAGUUCAUACUUAGAUAUUUUUUCAUUUGUACAACCAGGCUUUCAAACAACUGUGUUUAAAUACAAGAGAUUUGUAUUGCAUGUUAAAGUAUGUUAAAAUCUUGUAAUAUACACAUUUCUUUUUUAUAUAGAGAGAAUAAAGACUGAUCUAAAGAA